AUGGGGUUGGCGCUCCAACAGCCUCCCCUAAUUAUCCAGUUAAAGGCCACCGCGACUCCUGUCUCCAUUAAACAGUACCCCAUGUCAUGGGAAGCUUAUCAGGGCAUAAAGCCACAUAUCAGGAGGCUCUUAGACCAAGGCAUCCUAGUCCCUUGCCGGUCACCCUGGAAUACGCCUCUGCUACCUGUUAAGAAGCCCGGCACUGGAGACUAUAGGCCAGUACAAGAUUUGAGAGAGGUCAACAAAAGAGUAGAAGAUAUUCAUCCAACUGUCCCAAACCCUUAUAACCUACUCAGCACCCUGCCUCCCACCCAUACUUGGUAUACGGUCUUAGAUCUGAAGGAUGCUUUCUUCUGCCUCCGGCUGAGCCCAGAAAGCCAGCCCUUAUUUGCUUUUGAGUGGAAAGACUCUGAAAUGGGGCUUUCGGGACAGUUGACUUGGACAAGGUUACCACAGGGUUUCAAAAACAGCCCAACGCUCUUUGAUGAGGCCUUACACCGGGACUUGGCUGACUUUCGAGUCCAGCAUCCCACUCUUAUACUUCUUCAGUUUGUUGAUGACCUUCUUCUAGGGGCCACUUCUGAGACAGCAUGCCACCAGGGAACAGAAUCCCUCUUGCAGACUUUGGGGCGAUUGGGCUAUCGAGCUUCUGCCAGAAAGGCUCAAAUUUGCCAGACCCAGGUUACUUAUUUAGGCUAUCAACUAAGGGAUGGACAGCGAUGGCUGACUCCGGCUAGGAAACAGACCGUGGCCAACAUCCCAGCCCCAAGAAAUGGCCGACAGCUACGGGAAUUCCUAGGAACGGCGGGAUUCUGCCGCCUCUGGAUUCCUGGGUUUGCCGAGAUGGCAGCCCCCUUGUACCCUCUCACUAAACAGGGGGUGCUCUUCCAGUGGGGGGCAGAACAACAGGAGGCAUUUGAUAACAUUAAACGGGCCUUGCUGUCCUCCCCUGCCUUGGGUCUCCCAGACAUCACCAAGCCCUUUGAACUAUUUGUGGAUGAGAAGCAAGGGUAUGCUAAGGGGGUCCUAACACAAAGACUGGGACCCUGGAAGCGCCCGGUAGCCUACCUGUCUAAGAAAUUAGACCCUGUGGCCUCUGGUUGGCCACCAUGCCUGAGAAUGGUGGCAGCCAUUGCCGUCCUAACUAAAGACGCUGGGAAGUUGACCUUGGGGCAGCCACUCACCAUCCUGGCACCCCAUGCAGUGGAGGCUUUGAUAAAACAGCCCCCUGACCGCUGGCUCUCCAAUUCCCGCAUGACCCACUACCAAGCCUUGCUACUGGAUGCGGAACGGGUCCAGUUUGGGCCCGUGGUCGCUCUCAACCCAGCCACUCUGCUUCCUUUGCCAGAGGAGGCAGAACAGCACGACUGUCUGCAGAUCCUCGCAGAAGUACAUGGAACCAGACCAGACCUAUCGGACCGGCCUCUCCAGGAUGCUGACCAUACGUGGUAUACCGAUGGUAGCAGCUACUUGGUGAACGGGGAACAGAAAGCUGGAGCCGCGGUCACUACGGAGGACAAAGUGAUCUGGGCAAGCGCCUUGCCUGUUGGUACCUCCGCACAGCGGGCUGAACUCAUUGCCUUAACCCAGGCGCUCAAAAUGGCAGAAGGUAAGAGGCUGAAUGUAUAUACAGACAGCCGCUACGCCUUUGCUACAGCACACAUCCAUGGAGAGAUCUACCGGAGAAGAGGGCUGCUCACAUCUGAGGGUAAGGACAUUAAGAACAAGACUGAAAUUCUGGCCCUCCUGGCAGCUCUGUUCCUACCAAAAAGACUGAGCAUUAUACAUUGCCCAGGGCAUCAGAAGGGACACAGCCCCGAGGCACGGGGAAAUCGGCUAGCUGAUGUCUCAGCGCGUGAGGCCGCCAUGGGCACCCAAGUUCUGUCCUUAAAAGACCAAGAUCAACCCACGUCUCCACAGCCGGAACAGACCGGUUGGCUCUACACCACGGAGGACACAAAGCUCCUACAGAAAAUGGGGGCCGUUUGGUGCCCACAACUAAAACGGUGGGUCUACACAGGGAAAACAGUUAUGCCUACGAAGAUGACCUUUGAAUUAAUCUCCUACCUACAUAAACUAACACACCUGGGACUCAAGAAGAUGAAGACCCUCUUAAGACGAGAAGAGAUUGACACCUACCUCCUGGGACGAGAUCAGGCCUUGAGGGAGGUGACUGAAAGCUGCAGGGCCUGUGCUCAGGUAAACCCAGGAAAAGCUAAAAUUGGACAAGGAGUCCGUCCCCGAGGACAUCGGCCUGGUACCCACUGGGAAAUUGACUUCACUGAAAUCAAGCCUGGUAUGUACGGACACAAAUACCUCUUAGUGUUCAUAGAUACCUUCUCCGGAUGGGUAGAGGCUUUCCCCACGAAACAUGAAACGGCCAAGGUGGUGACCAAGAAGCUCCUCGAAGAAAUCUUCCCCAGCACAUCUUCAGGCCCUACAAAUCGUGCAGAGAGACAUCUGGAAACCUCUAGCCGCGGCCUACCAAGACAGGCUUGAACAACCGAC